AUUUUCCUUGACAGAAAAGUUCUUCUAAAACGUGGUGUUGACAGAGAAUGUGUUAUUUUACAAAAUCCAAAUAAAAACAUUUUAAUACAAUGGCGAAAUCUCUACGUAGUAGGUGGAAGCGUAAAUGUCGAGCAAUUAAACGCGAACGUUAUGCAGUUAAAGAGUUAGCAAGAUUAAAGAAAAUGCUCGGUCUAAAAGAAGAAGAAAAAAUUAACCCUGCAGAGGUUAUGGAAUCCGAUCAAGUAAUAUUUCUAGAUGCAGGUGCACUAAAGAAAGAAGCCCAAAAGAAGCAGGCAGCAGCAGAACCUCCGGAAGAGGACGUAGAAAUGAGUUCUGAUGAAGAGAAAGUUGAGGUUGCAGACGAGAAAGGUGAAAAGCGUGUUUAUAGCACUAAAACAUUGAAAGAUCAAAACGGCCAAUACCCAGUAUGGCUGCAUAAAAGGAAAAUCGCAAAACUAACAAACACAAAGAAAAAGUUAAAGAGAAAGACUAGAAGUCAUAGGAAACGGAAAUAAAGAUGUCAUACCUUA